AACGCUGUCGCUCCGGGGGCCGCGGCGGGCGGGGCUCCGUCGGGGCCCGGCCUAGUCCCCACCCAGCCCGGCUCCCAGCCGCCCGCCCUCCCUCCCUCACCCUGAUGCAGGGGGCCGAGCUCCGGGACGGCGAGGCGGCGGCGGCGGCCGCUUCAUACCGGGUCCUGAGCCGCCUCCUCGGCUAUGGAGAGGCGGCCCCCGAGCCAGGCCCGCCGCCGCCGCCGCCCCCGGGCCAUGGCCCGUCGCCGCCACCCUUCCUCGCGCGGCCCGGCCCGCGGGGAGCCCGACCGCCGCAGCUGAUGGUGUUCCGCAACGUGGGGCGGCCGCCGGAGGAGGAGGACGCGGAGGCGGCCCCGGAGCCGGGACCCUCGGAACUGCUGUGUCCCCGGCACCGCUGUGCGCUGGAUCCCAAGGCCCUCCCUCCGGGCUUGGCGCUCGAGCGGACCUGGGGUCCGGUGUCUGGACUAGAGGCGCAGCUGGCGGCUUUAGGGCUCGGGCAGCCUGCGGGGCCGGGGGUUAAGACUGCCGGCGGAGGCUGCUGCCCGUGCCCGUGCCCCCCGCAGCCGCCGCCGCCGCAGCCUCCGCCGCCUGCUGCCGCCCCGCAGGCCGGGGAGGACCCCACGGAGACGAGCGACGCGCUGCUGGUCCUAGAAGGCUUGGAAUCGGAGGCCGAGAGCCUGGAGACUAACAGCUGCUCAGAAGAGGAGCUCAGCAGCCCGGGCCGUGGAGGAGGAGGAGGGGGUGGCCGGCUUCUGCUGCAGCCCCCGGGCCCCGAACUACCCCCGGUGCCCUUCCCGCUGCAAGACUUGGUCCCUCCAGGGCGCCUGAGCCGAGGGGAACAGCAGCAGCAGCAGCAGCAACUUCCCCCCCCACCGCCGCCUCCCGGGCCCCUCCGGCCUCUCGCGGGCCCUUCUCGAAAGGGCUCCUUCAAAAUCCGCCUCAGUCGCCUGUUUCGCACGAAGAGCUGCAACGGCGGCUCAGGCAGUGGGGAUGGGACCGGCAAGAGGCCUUCUGGAGAUCUGGCAGCUUCAGCUGCGAGCCUGACGGACAUGGGAGGCUCUACGGGCCGGGAGCUGGAUGCGGGGAGGAAACCCAGGUUGACAAGAACUCAAAGUGCCUUUUCUCCGGUCUCUUUCAGCCCCUUGUUCACAGGUGAGACAGUGUCGCUUGUGGAUGUGGACAUUUCUCAGCGGGGCCUGACCUCUCCACACCCUCCAACUCCCCCUCCUCCUCCAAGAAGAAGCCUCAGCCUCCUAGAUGAUAUCAGUGGGACGCUGCCUACAUCUGUCCUUGUGGCUCCGAUGGGCUCUUCUUUGCAGUCUUUCCCCCUACCUCCGCCUCCUCCACCCCACGCCCCAGAUGCAUUUCCCCGGAUCACUCCCAUCAGAGCGUCAGAAUCCCUGCACAGCCAGCCCUCUCAGCACCUCCAGUGUCCCCUCUACCGGCCCGACUCAAGCAGCUUUGCAGCCAGCCUUCGAGAGCUGGAGAAGUGUGGCUGGUAUUGGGGUCCUAUGAAUUGGGAAGAUGCAGAGAUGAAGCUGAAAGGGAAGCCAGAUGGUUCUUUCCUGGUACGAGACAGCUCUGAUCCCCGUUACAUCCUGAGCCUCAGCUUUCGAUCACAGGGUAUCACCCAUCACACGAGGAUGGAGCACUAUAGAGGAACCUUCAGCUUAUGGUGCCAUCCCAAGUUUGAGGAUCGCUGUCAGUCUGUGGUAGAGUUCAUUAAGAGAGCCAUCAUGCACUCCAAGAAUGGGAAAUUUCUCUAUUUCUUGAGAUCCAGGGUUCCAGGCCUGCCACCAACACCAGUACAGCUUCUCUAUCCAGUGUCCAGAUUCAGCAAUGUCAAGUCCCUCCAGCAUCUUUGCAGAUUCCGGAUCCGGCAGCUUGUCCGAAUAGAUCAUAUCCCGGAUCUCCCACUGCCUAAACCUCUGAUCUCUUACAUUCGAAAGUUCUACUACUAUGAUCCUCAGGAAGAGGUAUACCUGUCCCUAAAGGAAGCGCAGCUCAUUUCCAAACAGAAGCAAGAGGUGGAACCCUCCACGUAGCAGCGAGGGCCUCUGCUGUUCAACAUAAAGGCAUAUUGGGUGCCAAGCUCCAGUCUGAAGAACCAAAUGAACCUACCACAAAAGAAGAACUUGGCAGAAAGAGAGAAGAGAGAGGGUUGUGAUUCCUGGCACAGACUUUGGUUCCCCUGCAGCUCUGGGGCUUGGAAGAAGCACACAACCAUCCUCCAAGUGGGGCUCCCUGUUCUACCGAACCCUGUGCACCCCAGAGAUGAGCUCCUUGGAAAACUGGAAGAAGUCUUAACACUGUUUCUUUUCAGAAGUUAUGUUUUGCUAUUUACAUUUCUCAGUGUAGAAAACUCAGUUGAAGGCAGCUGGGGUUUAUACCCAUUGAGUUGAAAGUGGUGUUGGGAUGAGCAGGUCAGGGGAAGGGGAGGGGAGGCUGGCGGUUCAGCUGGCGCCAAAGGCAGCCUUGAAGUCUUCUUCUCUGUGAACCUGGAGGAGGGCCAGGAGCCAGAGAAGCAGCGAGGGAUGGGAUUGGUAGCUUCUGAAGAUUCUCGUCUCCAGCUUCAGUAGGAGAGGAGAGAAGGGGUGGAGGGUGAGAGAGACCGGCUGUCCUGUGUGCCGGGGGGAGGUGACCCCACUCCUUUCCUGUUCAGGGUUACAAGCCUGCUUUCAGAGUCGCCUCUCAUGGAUCGGUGUUCAUUUUGUUGUGCUCAGUUCCUUAAGCUCAGAGACCCGAGGCAAACCCCCUCCGUCCUCACCCCUUCCCUCAGUAACUGCAUUUCACUUGGCUUAUAACAACACUCCUAUUGCUUCCGCCAGCUGUCCAGGCAGUGGUGGUUCUUGUCACCUGGGCUGUUCAGAGCUCCAGUCCUAGGCUGCUGAGGUUAAUGGAGCAUGCUUCCAGGUUCUUCAUGGCAAAGCAUGUCCAUGGCUGAGGAGCCGGUGUUACUCCAUCUGUCAGCUAGCGAGAGGAAAUGUGGAGGAAGUGAGAAUCAGCUAUUGUGUCUCUAAAGGAGCCUUCGUGUCUCAGCCUUAAUGGAGAGAGAGCAUCGAGUCUCACAAUCAUAGAUUAAUCACCAUCGUCCCACCUCUGGGAUGGGAGGUGGCAAGGGCUUCCUCAUUUUCCCAUGUUCAUUCUUGCAACACGGCCAUUUCCUGAGUCAGACCCCAUUGCCCUUCCUUUACUGGGAAGUCUGUCAGAUGCUAGUUUGAAAGUUGCCUGUUUUCCAGAGGGCUGUGGAGGAGGAAAGAACUUCAGUGCUGAGCUGUCUCUGUGUCUGAGGCUGGCCAUGGCCAGUCAUAGGCUCCAUGAAUUUGCUCUCCUAAAGAGUUCCUCUGGGAGAAGUAAGUAACUGUCAAGAUGGAUGGUGGAGCUGUUGGGUCUUCCUUACCCUCCUGUAGUGUCCAUAUGACAGCCUUUUGAGUUCUCUCUGCUUGUAUCUGCCUUAUAUAACAAACUGAACAUCAGGUUUGGAGUUAUGGAUGGUUCAGGGUGAAGCCCUGUGGGCUCCCUCUGCAUGGAGUCAGUCACCUCCUUCCUCCUUUAGCUAACCAGAGAGGAAAUGUGCUUCCUUAGAAGACUGUAAAGAAAUGAACCGUGUACGUACGUGUUUUCUAGCCCACUUGUGACAGGGCUCAUGGUCCUCUUUUCCUCCUUGAUGUCAUAUUACCAACAGCAUAAGAUCAUGAUUCAGAGAUUGGCAUACCUGUAAUUUCUGCCUCUGGAGCAUCCAGGUCACUCACCAUCAUACGUCCAGAAAGGGCCACUCUGCAAUAGAGCCCCAAAUCUAGAAUCCACAGAGAUCUUCAAGUGGUUACUAUGUAGUUUGGAGGGAUUCUGUCUCCAGUUUCAGCCACCCAUAAUUUAAAAGUAGUUUUCAUCCUGUGUUUGCAUGGCUCUGAGCUAGGUAGUGUGGAAGGACAUAUGAGGUAGAAGACAAGAUCCCUUCCUUGAGGGAACUGCAAAGUGACUGUUGCAUAGGAGGGAAUUGGAGAGCGACUCAUCACAGCAGAAGGUCAAGGACCAUCUUUAAAGACAGAGUGGGCGUGAUCAGGGUAGACCAGAUGGUCUAGGAAAGCUCUGUGGUGAUGGGGCUUUGGGUUGUAGGCGAGGGCAGUGUAACAGAGCACUCAAACUAAUGUACAGAAGGAGAAGUCUGUGUGGCAAGUACGCAGCUGCCUUAAAUAACAGCAUCGGAGUCCUACUUGACUGCAGAGGUCUAGACUGAAACCUCCCAGUAGUUCAUCAGGUCUGAAGGCUAAGGAGGCGUGAGGGUGUGCUGGAGGGCAAAACCAGAAGUCGGCAGACACCUUUGUGGUACCAGUGGAGAAUGUAUACUCAGGUGCAAACCAGACCUCCUGUGGAGCAUGGGUAGCCUCGCCCUUUCUGUCCUGGGAAAGCAUGUUGCACGGUGGACAUGAUCUGCAUGUAUGUCAGACACAGCCCAACUGGUCUGACCCUUCCUCGGCAGAGUGGGCUGCGGAACAGAGCACUGUGGGAGACAGCUCUGUGAGGCAGGGCUUGGCACCCGGGAGACUUGUGUAGAAGGGAAUGUUUGGGGAGAGCAGUUGAGGCAGUUGCCUGGACUGCAGGCUGGCUGGAGAACGGCAGGAGCAAGGCCAGAAGUCAGCAUUGGCCUUUGCCCUUUGCCCAUGCUGGACAGUGCUAGUGGAAAUGCAGUCCACGGAAGGGACUCACUUGUCUUUGGUCACAAACCAGGAAAGGCCAUCACUUCUAGAGAACUGCUGUGGAUUUCUGAGUUGUGGUGGGGAGAGUCACUGUUCCUUCCCAGCCGCAGACUAUGUGACCCUCCCUUGUUUAUAACUCAUCUAUUGUAACCUUCCUCAAGACGGAUAUGUGCCAGUGUAAGCUAGUGACAACUGCUGCUGCAACCUAGAUUUCCUUGAAAUGCAUGUCUGUGCGGGAGCAUAGGCAUGGGAGAGCAGGGGCUUGGCUCGGGGGCCAGCUAUCCUGAUUUGACGUUUAGGCUGAUGCCAGGGUGAAGUAAAUGUAGAUGGCAGUGCCAGCCUCUGGAAAAAGCUUGGAAGUGACCCCUAGUUCCUGUUUCUCUUUUCCCACUGUCACUUAGGCUAAGCUGUUGUUUGAGGCCAAGCAGGGAGUAGUGAUGGGAUGUCAACACAUCCCCCUCUGAUGCACAUCCCAUAAGGACUGGGGAAUGACUCAGUCUAGCUCCAGGAAGGACCCCAGGGAGCCACCACCCUUUCAGCCUUUCCCCAUGCUCCUAGAAGGGCAUGGCCUGCUGGAAGUCCCUACUCCAGUGGGAAGUAGGGACAGGAGAAACUUCCCCAGGUAAGAUAUUUUCCUUCCCUGUUGCCUCUCCUGACCUUUGAGCCCAGGAGUCAGAGGUCAAGUCUAAGGAGCUGCAGCAAGGUCUGGAGAUCUGUGUGUGAGUCCUCAUUUGUAGAGGUCUUGCCUGCAGUGGGAUGUUGGGAACAUCUCCACUAGCGGGGACUAGGAUUUGUUUUCCACUUUUAGAGUAUGGCAUGCCCCCUGUGUGGAGGGGAAGAGCUUUGAGUUAGACAUUUUCCCUAUGGGAAUCCUCUUGGUUUGGUUUGUGGGAAGAAGGGAGUGGAUAAGUGGUUUUUCUUUCUAGUCAUCAGCACAGCUGUCCUCACUAAAUUUGUGCUAUUGCAUACAUACAUGUAGCCGUCUUUCUUUUCACUGCAGCAGUGUUUAUCAGUAGUUCAGAUGAUUUAUUUGCUCCUGGGGAGUAAAACCUUUUUUAUUAAAAAGAAAAAAAAAAAAGGAAAAAAAAAAAGAAAGAAAGAAAGGUGUGCCCCAUUAUGAUAGCUGUAGAAUUACUGGGCCACAAGAAUCAAGUCUGCAAGUCCCCAUGGUACAUCCUGUUUUGGCAUUGGAGCCUUUGUGCUAGUACAGAGUGCCAGGAGGCCUUCCUUGAAGCAGUGGAGAACAGCGUUUGGGGAGGGAGAUGGGAUGGAAUCAGCGAGAGCUCUGGGACUCCGCACUGCAGUUGAAAAUAGAGUGCUGGUUCUGUAAUCUGCCAGAGAAGGGGCCUUUCUUCACAUGCAGAUUCCAUGUGUCCUUGACCUUUCAUUGCUUCCCGUGUCCUCUUGUCUUUCCUGUCCUUUGUCCUGUCCCUUCCCACUUCAUCUACCUCCCGGAAAGCCAAUCCUGCAUGCUGAGUUUGUGACAUGCCUUCACUCCCAUUUCAUCUUCAGAGGGUUUAGAGGGUCUCUGGAGCUGCUCCGGGCCCCACUGAUCCUCCUCACAAUGCCAAGAGGCGUCGAGAAGUCAAGGAAAGCAGCCAGCUGUAGCAGGCAGACAGCAACAUUGGAUCGCAGCUGGACUGCGAUGGCCUCUGCUUCUGGAGACAGAUAGGGAAACCAAGACAUUCUUCUUCAGCCCACGGGGGGACCCUGCUGUGCACACUGCUCAGUGGACAGUGGGCUGCUCUGACCACUCCAUCCCUGGUGCUCCUGAGAGGGACAGGCAAGAUCCAGGCACCACUCUGGGCAGGCCAGACGUUGAGACGCCCACACUGGUGCUGCAUGGCACAGGCACUUGUGCAUUCUGGUAGUUUUUCAGAGACUGCGUGCUGAGGGGUGUCACUCUGGACUCAGUGGUUAGGGGGUUCUUCACCAGAGGGGAGCCAUACCCCUGCAGCCACUCCGUCCUGCUUAGCCACCCCUGCCCUCCGAGCCAAAGCGUGGCCUGGUGUUUGUCUUCCCAUUUAGUUUUCCUCCUUUAUUCUCCCUUUUUGUGCUUAAUUUAUUAAAAUAGUUGCUGUAUAAUUUAUUUUCAUAAAGUAUAAAAAAUAACUAAAUGGUUAAAAUAGACUUGCAGGCCAAUCUUAAAUGGGUGGGGGGUCUGGGGUGGGAUGGGGAGAGGGAAAGAUGUUUUGAUAUAAACAAAACAAAUGCACUUUGGGUGUGUUUUGGUAUUUUUCUGGGCAUAGAGGGGUGGGUGUUGGGAUGUCCCUGUAGAUUAGUUCCAGAAUGGGGUGUCUGUAAAUACUGUAUUAAUAGGCAUGUUUGACUCUUGUAAAGGGACAUUAGUAGCUGCUGCAGGUCCUGUUUGGAAACCCUGUGUAUAAUUCCCGGUUUUUUGUAAGUGUCAGUGCGGGAGACAUUUGACUCUUGUGUUUGUAUCUCCUUUUUAUGAUUGCUGUACCGACCCAUGUCUUUUUGGGGAGGGAUGAAAAAAGAUUUGAAAUAAAAAUGUUUAGAAAUGA